CUCACAUGCCACAUCCUCUCCUUGUUGGACUGUAGAUGGUACAGCCACGAAGAAAAGGAUGAACAGAAGCAAGCUUCGGAACCACCAUGCUACCUCGCUUACCAUCUUGAAAGAUACAAAGAGAAGAAAGCAAAAUGGCUUGAACCCAGCUCAAAGGUACUUCCCCGAGUCUCGUCCAAUAGGAAUCCAAUGUGAUCUCGGCUCUAUACACAUCCUGAAUAUACUAUUUGUGGAGAAUACCGUCAUCGGGAAGUUCAUCCUCUUUCACGUUAUAACUUCACACAUCGCUUUGCCGUUCCCGAAAACAGACACAAAGUUUGAGCCCGCGAGUAGACAGGAAAGAGCGAAUGUGGCCCCAGAUUUGGAAAAGGUUGAGAACCCUCGCCCUAGAAUACAUCGUGGCGGCUUCCUGUCUGCUGAAGUCUGUACAAACAAAAAUAACAAUUCAAGCAAAGAACGGGAAUUCUUAUAGGAAAUAUAAACAUGAUGCAUUCUACUACAUAGCAGAAAUACCGAGUAUCGAUUAUCUGCAUUUCUGGUUACAGUAGCCACUUUCUAAUGACUAAUCAAAUCCAAGAUACGGAGAAAUGUUUACAAGAGAGAGGGGCUGCGUCAAUGGAGAAAACUAGGUAAUGAGGGAGAACGGCGUGUGUGUGUAAAUUAUCACAUUAGCCGGUCAAUUAUGAUCGGAACAUUUUUUGAAAUUAACUGUGGUUUAUUAACUUAUCUAGGACUUCAUCUUAUGUGAUAUACGGUCUUGGGACCCCUGGGAGCGCACGUUCGAAUCUUUCUGGAGGCAAAGAUGACUCCUUUGCCUGUUUCUUUGACCUGUUAUCCUGCGUACGUAAACGAUCGCCUACAUUGUCGAAGUUACUGAAGCCCUUGUCUUUGAAAGCCGUGCAAGAGUUAUCACACAUGAAAAGUACUGUUAAUAUAAAUGUACGUACCUCACGCCGUCCUAGACGUUUCAGGGGAAAGGGGAAUUUGCACCUGAAGCGACGCUGUCUUUAAUCAUGAAUGACUUUCGUCUGUAUUUAUUGUUGACGUAACUUAAGUGAGUUUGUUGAAAGCGUACAACUAGUGGGAGACCAAACGUCAAAGGUUACGUUACCAUGGCAGCACGCGUUCACCUCAUUUGUGACCACUUGAUGCUUGAAUCUAUGUCCUUCGUACCUCAAAGGUCGUUCCUUCACAGCGUCGUCGUGUCUGCAUUUCGUGAAUGCUUCAGCGAACUGACCAAGCCAAUAAGGUUUACAACCUCACCUAACUUGAAUACACUAAUGGACUACAUUGAUUCCUACUACCAGCUUAUAACAAAGGGUUGUCCAGUGUAAUGCAGUGUAGUGAUUAGUACUGCUCUGUAAAAAAGUGAUCCCCUUUUCCACCUUUUAAUAAGUACAUCGGUUGUUCUGAGCAUUUUUAUUUUCAUCCUAUCAACCAAAUUCCAGGCCAUAAUCACAUCCAGCCUCAAAAAACACACAAAAGUGUCAAGGUCUAUGUGUUAAUGAAGUCUUUGUUUUAUUUAUGGCAUGUAUUAUCAAUUUAGUAAGCUUUUAUAUUCUCACGGCGGUGUCUACGAAGUGGCGAUCGCCCUGAUGAUAGAGGCAGCAAGGACCCCUGAAACGUUGGUAAACUUCCACCAGACUACAUGGCGCUACAGCCCAGAAGAUAGCCAACUUCGUUCUAUCAAUUUUUUGUACGGAUGAGCUUUUUAUUUUUUAAAAUUUCGAUUACUUUUCAUUUAAAGCAGGAUUUCCACCGAACCGAUUGAAACAACAUUAAAUUUCUCCACAACUUUUAACUUGUGAUCCAGCCUGUAUACCCCUGAAAUCGACUUGUGUCUGGUUCAUGGGGAUCCCCGGGACUGAGUCACGCGCAUAUCGUGACUUAACGACGCCCUGGCGUCGGUUUAGAUCUCAGACUAGAUUGCUGUUUUGCAAAAACGAUCGAUUUCACUCAUUUAUAGAGGAGUGGCGCCCCACGCAUUAUUCGAUGAGUUUUGUUUCCCAAAGAAUAACUAUUCGGAGUGCAGUUGUGUCCUCUUGACAAAGCAUUCCGAACAAAGGAACAUCGCCCACUGUGUGAUAUGGCGUUUCGGGAGUUGACGGACUACUCCCGUAAUUACGCUGACAUGUUUAUAGCUUUUCUUUCUUAAAUUUGUGCAUGCUGUCCAUCUUGAUGUCGAGUAUCUUAAUGUUUAUAAGUUUCGGGGC